AGUUAAAACUGGUAUAGAUGUGGUUCUUGCCCUGUUGAGGGUGAUGGUAAUAGUGGUCACAUAGGAUUUGCUACAUACUGGGCUGGUUAGUGGAACUGUCUAAAACCUGUGGGAAACAUUGCAAUGUCAUUUAAUUGAUAAGAUAUUCUAGUCCAGUGGAUUUAAAGGAAAAGUUAUCUCAUAAACUACUAAAUGAUAGCUGAUGGUGUGGGAGCUGGCUGCUGUAGAUUUGUCAUUACUCCAGCUACAAACAGUCUAAAUCACUAGUAUUGGUGGCUGGACCAAAGUAAGUGUAUCUUUGCUAUUUUUUUCCAAUAGGAGCUGGCUUACCAGAAUCCUUUGAAGUGCUUUUACUGGAAUUAUUCUUAUUUUACUUGCUGCAUUCCCGUGGGGACUGUGUAAUUGUUCCUUCAGUCCUAGAGGGCUUCUAUAGUUCUACAGUAGUAUGUCCUAACACCCAUGUUGAGCUACACGUACAGGACCAAAGGCCCACAAGUGAAUUUUCAGAGCGCCGAAGUAGGAUAACAGCAAGAUGGUGCUGUGCUCAAGGACAAAAAUACUUUAUAAGGAAGUGCGGAUAGUGAAUGUUCGAGGAGCUGUGCCCUGCCCGCGGUGUCCCGGGGGCGGCGCGGGGCCGGGCUCGCCGUGCCCGGCGGUGGCGCCCGGCGGAAGGGGCGGAGCGGGGCGGCCCCAGCGCGCCCGGGCCGCGCUCCGCUCGGGGAGCGCUGCCGGCAGCCUGGAGGGGCGGCGGUGCGGGCUUCCUUCGCCCGCGGGCAACACGGGGCUGCUGAGGGGGUUCUGUGGGCAGCCGCCAGAAGGGACGGGGCAGUGCCGUGCUUCCCCGUGACAGCCUCUGGCGCCUGCAGCUCCCGCAGCUCCGCGUCGGGCGUGCCGCGGGUCUGAGCGCGGUCGCGGGUGUGUUGGCGGCUCCGCUCCGGCCGUGACCCAGCAGAAGGCCCGGUGCGAGUUCCGUGCUGGCCAAGACAGCGGCAGGGCUCUGCAGGGACGCUCCGCUCCCCGGUUCUCUGCAUUGCAAAGUUGCUCUCUUCCACAUGGCCUCUUAGCGUUUUUCCAAGUUUCAAAAACAUUUUGAAGCUAGAGCCUUCAGAGUGCGGUGAGGAUUUCAACAUCCCCAUUCCCUUAUUAUUGCUUGUGUUGAAGGCAGAGCAGCCAUCAACCUGUUUCAGAGAAAUUAAAAUCUACGUCAGAGCUUUAAGGCCUAGGCCUUGGAGCUGGUUGGGCCAAGGAACAUUGAUAGUUAGUUAGAAGAGCCCAGCUGAUCACAGAGCACUGGAUGGGGAUCUAUUUUCUGCUGUUAGUUGUAGGGCUUUGUUGGGGGCAGUACAACCCCAACACUGUCCCCAAGAGAACCUCCAUUGUGCAUCUCUUUGAAUGGCGCUGGCAGGAUGUUGCUGAGGAGUGUGAACGCUACUUAGCUCCUAAUGGAUUUGGAGGAGUUCAGAUUUCACCUCCAAAUGAAAAUGUUAUCAUUACUGACCCCCGGCAACCAUGGUGGGAAAGAUACCAGCCUGUCAGCUACAAGCUGUGCACAAGGUCUGGAAAUGAAACUGAGUUUAAAGACAUGGUGACCCGGUGCAACAAUGUUGGAGUGCACAUUUAUGUGGAUGCAGUAAUCAACCAUAUGUGUGGAGCUAAUGCUGGGGCUGGUGACCAUGCUACUUGUGGAAGCUAUUUCAAUGCAAAGACUGAAGAUUUCCCAGCUGUGCCCUAUUCUGGCUGGGACUUUAACGAUCAUAAAUGUAAAUCUAGAAGUGGAAACAUUGAGAAUUAUCAUGAUAUAUCUCAGGUGCGGGACUGCCGCCUGGUCAGCCUGCUGGACCUGGCCCUGGAGAAGGAGCACGUGCGCUCCAGGAUUGCCGCGUACCUGAACCAGCUCAUCGGCCUCGGCGUCGCGGGCUUCCGCAUCGAUGCUGCCAAGCACAUGUGGCCUGCGGAUAUCAAGGCCAUCUUGGACAAGCUGGAAGAUCUAAAUACUCAGUGGUUUCCUGCAGGAACUAAACCUUUCAUUUACCAAGAGGUAAUUGAUUUGGGUGGAGAGCCCAUCAAAGGCAGCGAGUACUUUGGAAAUGGCCGAGUGACAGAAUUCAAAUAUGGUGCCAAACUGGGAACAGUGCUCCGCAAGUGGGACGGAGAAAAGAUGGCCUACUUAAAGAACUGGGGAGAAGGCUGGGGCUUUGUGCCUUCUGACAGAGCCCUGGUCUUUGUGGAUAAUCACGACAACCAGAGAGGACACGGGGCUGGUGGAGCUUCUAUUCUAACCUUCUGGGAUGCCAGGCUCUAUAAAAUGGCAGUUGGCUUCAUGCUUGCCCAUCCAUAUGGGCUCACACGUGUGAUGUCAAGUUUUCGCUGGCCAAGAUAUUUUCAAAAUGGAAAGGAUGUCAAUGACUGGUACGGACCCCCAAGUAACGCAGAUGGCUCCACAAAGGCCGUCACCAUCAACGCGGACACGACCUGUGGCAACGACUGGGUUUGUGAACAUCGCUGGCGUCAAAUCAGGAACAUGGUUAUCUUCCGUAACGUGGUGGAUGGUGAGCCUUUCUCCAACUGGUGGGACAAUGGCAGCAAUCAAGUGGCUUUUGGCCGUGGUAACAAAGGCUUCAUCAUCUUCAAUAAUGAUGACUGGCCCUUGAAUGUAUCUCUGCAAACUGGUCUGCCUGCUGGCACUUACUGUGAUGUCAUUUCUGGGCAAAAGGAAGGUGACUUCUGUACAGCAGUUGAAGUACAUGUUGCUGCUGAUGGCAUGGCUAAUUUCCUAAUUGGGAAUGAAGAUCAAGACCCAUUUAUUGCCAUUCAUGUUAAUGCUAAAUUGUGACCAGAUGUGUUGUACAUGUGCUGUUCCUUCUCCUCUGUAUCUUUGUUAACAGCAAACAGAUGUGCAGAAUGUCCUGCCUCUCAGGACUGCAUGAACCGAGACAGAGCAAAGUGUGUUAGCUGUAAUACUAAUGAACUAGUGAGCAGCUGCUGUACAGAGAUGAAAACUAGUGGUGCCAUGCAGAUCUGGGAGUGGUACUAUACCUCUGUGUGCAUUUGUAAGUGUACUUUAUUCAGUUGAGGUUCUAAUAAAAAAUGGAAGGAGAAGAUUGA